AUGGUUGGAAGGGGAGCGGGCAAGUUCGCGAUGAACGGGUUCACGGGCGACGAGGUUGCGGUCGGCUACGCAGCAGAUGCAAGGCAAGGACCCCUAAUAUCACGAGCCUCUACACUCAAGCUCCCUAUCAAGAUCUCCACCGAUCCAUCCUUCUCCUCUAGGUUUUCCGCCGCCCGCUCCCGGACCCGUUCCCUCACCGCCAUCUCUCCCGAAGACAACCCUGCUCGCCAGCAGUCCGUUCAGCUUCCACCUUCUGUUCUAGAAUCUCCCCCUCUCACCGGCUCCACCCCCACCGACCCCAUCUCCGCCUUUCUCUCCGGUAUCCUUCCGGAGACUUUAGCAGCAGACAACACGUCCGAACGACCCGCUCCUCUCCGGCCCAACCGCCGCCCCUCGAGCCCCUCCUCGCCGCUCCUCCGCCUCGCGAAGAAGCAGCCACAGCAGCCUCGACAGCUAGCAAUCGAGCUCCGUCAAGGCAAGCCACCACCACUACCAUUCCCUCUUCCACGCCCGAGAAGAAGCCCGCCCGGCAGCCGUCUUCUCGUCCAGUCUCUCCUGAGCUCCCUCGCGCGCCGAGACAGCAGCCCCGUGCCCAAGAGAUCCCGCCAGCUAGUGCUAGGCCGCGCCAAGAACCCUCAACUCGCCAUGGAUACUGCUCAGGCUUACACUCAAGGCAACAGCCAGGCCGCCAACCGAGGCCCCAUUGCCAACCUUCCCCUCCCCAACCUCUCUGGCCAGGCCAACGGUGUUAUCGGUAAUCUCCUCAAGGGACCGGUCGGUGCCGACGGCAAGCUAAAGGAUGCGGCGCUGAUGGUUGGUAUCAAGCUGGACCUGGAGGCCGAAGUGCAUCUCACUGCUAGAAUCAGGGCCCCUGUUGUCCGCGACUGUCUGUGGAACGGAACGAUGCCUUACCGGGUGAGCGAGAGGGUGUGA